CUUUAGGUUCCCUCAAAAAAUGCCGUAAAAUGUUAUAUCCCAGUUCACAAGUAUAAGAGGCGCUAAUUUGGUGUAAAGUUGAGGAGUGGGCGAGGAGCGCUCUAUACAUGGAAAGUUCCAUCGUGAUACUCGUCUGCUUGAAUUGGUGCAGGUGUUUCGCAAUAGAUCUCGUGACCAUUGACUUCGGCGAUUAUUUCAAGGUUAAGAAGGGCGAAAGCCUCGGUUUUGAGAGCCGCUGUUAUAAGCACGAUUAUGCAAUACGUUUACGAUUGACAUGGUGAAGGAGGGAUACAGUAACGGAAUCGGUACAGUGAUGGGCCAUGAAAAUCUGUUUGUGGGCGUUGACGUGGGAACGGGAAGCGUUAGAGCUGCCCUAGUCAGCGAGCAAGGAAAACUUCUUAAUGUUAGCACGAAACCUAUUAAAACGUGGACACCAAAGAAAGAUUUCUUUGAGCAGUCAUCGGAUGACAUAUGGUCGGUGUGUUGCCAUGUUGUAAAGGCUGUCACACAAGACAUAGAACCAGCAGCUGUUAAAGGAAUUGGAUUUGAUGCUACAUGUUCUUUAGUUGUCCUUGACAAAACAGGAAAUCCACUUUCAGUAAGCCCAACAGGCAAUAAUGAACAGAAUAUUAUUUUGUGGAUGGAUCAUCGUGCAAUUGAAGAAGCAGAUUUAAUAAACAGUCUGAAGAACCCAGUCUUAAAUUAUGUUGGAGGAAAAAUAUCAUUGGAAAUGGAGACACCAAAACUUCUCUGGCUCAAGAAAAAUUUAAAGAGUCAGUGUUGGGAUAAGGCAGGAUAUUUCUUUGACUUACCUGACUUCCUAACUUGGAAAGCAACAGAUUCAGAAUCUCGGUCACUUUGUUCACUUGUGUGUAAAUGGACAUAUCAAGUACAGGCUGAUGGAGUGGGAAGCUGGAGCAGCCGGUAUUUCACUGAAAUUGGAUUGGAUGAUUUAAUAACUGAUAACUGGAGAAAAAUUGGGUCAGAAGUAAAACCACCUGGUGCUCCUAGUGGAAAUGGACUGUCGCGCAGAGCAGCUGCUGAUCUGGGUCUACUGCCAGGCACUGCAGUUGGCACAUCCAUGAUUGAUGCUCACGCUGGAGGUCUAGGCAUGAUUGGUUGUUCAGCUGAUGGUGUUUCUCAAGACUUUCACACCAGGUUAGGUCUGAUUUGUGGUACUUCAACUUGCCACAUGGCUGUCAGCAAAUUACCUUACUUUGUUCCUGGUGUUUGGGGCCCAUAUUUCAGUGCCAUGGUGCCUGGACUGUGGUUGAAUGAAGGGGGACAGAGUGCCACUGGAAAACUUAUUGAUCACAUUAUUGAUACACACCCGGCCACAGACGCUAUCAAAGAGAAAAUUGGAGACAGUGUGCAUGUACAAGAAUAUUUAAACAAUCUGCUGGAGAAAAUGGCCCAGAAGCAAGAACUGAAAUCAGUAGCUAUGCUAACAUGCAAUGUGCACAUGUGGCCUGAUUUUCAUGGUAAUCGCUCUCCUUUGGCAGACCCGUCUCUUCAAGGAAUGAUAUCAGGACUCACUCUGUCUGUGGAUGAAGAAAAUCUGGCCACACUGUAUCUUGCAACAAUUCAAGCUCUGUCGUAUGGAACAUUACACAUUCUCCAGGAAAUGAGACUGGCUGGUCAUUCAGACAUACAAUCCAUAGUAAUCUGUGGAGGACUGAGUCGCAACAGGCUGUUUGUGCAGACACAAGCGGAUGUAGCGGGCUUGCCAGUAUUGCUUCCCAAGGAACCUGAGUCAGUGAUGUUAGGUGCUGCUAUUCUGGGGGCAUGUGCUGCAGGAGUGUAUCCAGAAAUUACAACAGCUGCUAAAGCAAUGAGUGGACCAGCAGAAGUACUGAAACCAAGAGAUUUAGAGCACAGAUACCACCAAAGAAAGUACAAAGUGUUUCUGAAAAUGUUGGAGGACCAGAGGACAUACAAAGAGGUCAUGUCACUAAGAUCAAUGAUUUAGGUUGUGUUACUUUUUUUACAUCUGUAAUCUAUAAAUGUGUACUGGAACCACAAUUACAUACAGUCUGUCUUAGAGCUAAGACAGACUGAUACUGGAACACACAAAGGGAAAACUAGCCUGCUCUUAAAAUUUUGGAAAGAAGACCUUAAAUGUAAAAGACUCUUUAAGGGAUGAAAUAAUGUGAUUAAAAUGUUAUAGGGACUGAGUAAGAACAUUAAAUUUCUUAAAACAUUUGGAAAACAUAAGUACAGUAAAUAAAAUACAUAUUUUUCUAUAA